AUGGUCGACUGGCACUCCCAAAAGACGCUAGUCGCCAACGCUGAGGCAUUUAGCAAGUUCAUGCAUGUACUCUUUGGGCUCUACAUAUGGGAAUUCGUCAGUUCGUUGGAUUUUGACUGGCAGUUUAUCUCGGGCAAGAGGCGAUUCCGAUGGCCUUUGUUAUUUUACUUUUCUGGUCGUUACAGUUUACUCUUCGCGUUGAUCGGAAUCUCUAUUGCGCUCAACGUGACAACCGAGGUUAAUUGCCAAGCGUUAUAUACCUUCAACCAGAUCUUUGGAAACUCUGCAAUCGGUUUAGCCAGCAUCAAUUUGUCAUUGCGAACCAUGGCGGUAUGGUCGCAGAACAAAUAUGUAGUUACCGCCCUCGUUCUGAUCAUUCUGGGUCAUUGGUCAUUCCUCCUUCAUGGGAUCUUGUUGAAUGCUGCAUGGGUAGAUGAAGAAUGUGUCAUCAUCUACACGGAUAACCAAAUUCUCGCCAUUACCUUCAUCUACUCCAUGGCGUUUGACUUCACAGUCUUGUGCUUAACCGGCUGGAAACUCGCAUUCCCGGCUAACGGUCGCUCCAAACUUAUCAAGCUUAUAUUUGGGGACGGUCUGAUCUACUUUGUUAUUGCAUUCUUGGCAAACUUGAUGGCGACGAUCUUCAUGCUCAUAAACUUGAAUGCAGUCCUAUCGAUCAUUGCGAAUGUCCCUGCUGCCAUCGCAUCAACGAUCGUAGCAUGCCGCGUCGUACGAAGGUUGACCAACUUCACUUCUCAAGGUCCAGAGGUUUUCACUUCCACCCAGAGCUCGACACUCGCAUUCAGGAGCAACGCUAGCGCAAAUCGUCGCAUUUCCGUCAAGAAAGGCGACAGUGUACACGUUCAGAUGGACACGUUCGCUAGUCCGGAUCGCUCUGUUGCCGAGUACGAUGCCAGUGGCAAAAUCGUAAAAGACGACGAAUUCGACCCUGAGGCACAGAUCAUCAGCAACGAGUUCAAGCGCCCUCCCUACUAG